UUAGGCCGCAAGCAAGCACGACACCAUCCAACCUCAACCAUACCAUUUCCCACCACAUUUCCUGUCGGGGUUCCUGCCCUGGAAAUGAUGAAGACUCGUCGAAAAAGCAAGGCAGCGGCUGCUGCUGCCGCGGAAGCAGCAGCAGCAGAGGCGUCGACCAGAGACAGUUCACCCGCCCCAGCUGCGUCCCAGGACGUAGCGUUCUCCGUCACGAUUCCUAACGAACUUGACACGAAUGCAUUGGUGGAAUUGAUACCUGAUUUGAAUCCUUCUUCUCCUUCGCCGAGCGCGAUUGUAUCACUUUAUCGCCUUUUGCUCUCUCAUGCAUCUGAGAAUGACGCAACGCGGAAAGAGCUGGAGGAGGCGCGUGCUGAGAUUGAGCGGAAGGAUGUCGAACUUGAUCAGGCCCUCCAAGACAAAGAGUCCGCUACGAGGGAUCUAGAGAGCGCGUUGGAGAGUGUGCGAGCAGAGCUACAGACAGCUAAAAGCGACAAGGAGGAACUAGCCACUUCGCGGAAUGCACUACGGACACAGAUCACGGCGAUCUCGACGACGCAGUCGGCCGCGUCUACGGAAGUAGUGCUACUCAAGCAGAAGAUCGAGGAUGUGGAACGCGAAAAGCGCGAUCUUCUAACCGUCGUUAGCAGGAUGGAGGAUGAUAGCACUCAGAGGGAAACGGAAAUCCAAACGCUCCGGGGCAGCCUCAAGCAGGCGCGUCAGGACCACCAAGAGCUCGAGCGCCAGCUGCGAGAACUCAAGUCCAACGAGACAGCUUCUAAGUUCAAGAUUGAAACGCUCACUCAGCAGCUCACUCUUGAGCAAGAGCAGGCCGCUCGUACCUCGGACGAACUCGCGGCAAAGGUCCAUGAGUUCGCCGCAUACCGCCGCGACAAACUGGGAGAGGUCGCGAAGCUGCAAGGGGACCGUGAUGCGCUCGCUGCAAGACUCCAGACGGCUGAGAGCCAGCUUGAAACGCUACGGACGCAGCAUGCUGACCAACUACGCAGGCAUGAACGGGCGACGUCGGAGCUCAACCAAGUGACAAGACAGUUUGCUGAGCAGAAAGAGUCAUUUGCUACUGAGACGACAAGCCUGCGGAAUUUGGUGGCCAAGAUGCAAGAGCGUGAGCAGGCGACGAAGAAGAUCGUUGACGAGAUUGAUCGAAAGUGGAAUGAUGUGAAUGCGAAGGCAGAGAGGCGUGAGGCUGUGCUGAGAGAGGAUAUUUUAGAGCAGACGCAGCGGGCCGAGGAGGCAGAGAAGAGAGCGGCGGAGCUGGAUCGUAUCUUGCAUGGCGUCGAGCACGGCGAGUUCCCAAUGCCAUCCUUCGCUUCUGGUGGCCAGAGCUUCAGCACACCCGUCCGUGGCCCAGGAACACCGUCGAUGGCUAAUAUCGGCACGCCGGACUUCCUGUCGCAAAGCAUGCUGAGCCCCACUGUGGCUAUGGCGAGCCGAGCGCAGAAGGGCGGAAAGACCUUCACCGAAGUCUAUACUGAUUACGUCCGUUUGCAAGAAGAGUACGCAAGGAAGUCGGCCGAGUUUGACAAUAUGGACCGCACUUUAUCGGCUGUCCUGGCUCAGAUUGAGGAAAGGGCACCUAUUCUAUCGCAGCAGCGCGCGGAGUAUGAGCGUCUGCAGUUGGAGGCUUCUGACCUCGCUUCACAACUCGCGCAGGCAAUUGCUGAGCGUGAAGCCUAUGCGUCAAGUGCACACGAGAAUGAGCAGAAGCUGAGGAGGAGCUCUAAGGAGAACAGCCUUCUACAGAAACAGCUGGAUGAUCUUGGCCGCCAAGUGCGAAGACUCCUUAAGGAACUCGGCCGCGCGCAAGAUCCCUCUAUCCCACCUGAUGAUGAGCUCGAGGCUGACCAAAGCACAAGACCGGCUGAGACCAUCGAUGCUGUAAUCACAAACAACUUGGUGCUGUUCCGGUCCAUUCCCCAGCUUCAGGAGCAGAAUCAGAAGCUGCUCAAAAUUACGCGUGAGCUAGGGGCAAAACUGGAGUCCGAGGAACGAGAAUAUCGCGAGUUUUUGGAUAAAGAACAGAGUGAAGCGAUAGAGGAAGCACAUGCCGCUAUCAAGCAGCUCCAGGAGCAACUCGAGAGCCAGAAGAAGAGCAGCGAGAUCACAAUUCAGGCAUACAUGAAGGAACGAGACUCGUUGCGGGCUCUGCUUGCCAGGGAGAACGCUCAAGCGUCGCUGGCAAUGAGUGGAAUAGUACAUGACGAGCAGCGUGCCGUCGAGCGGACGGAUGUGGAGAACGAACUCGCGGAGGUUCAAAGCCAGUUCGAGGCAUAUCGAAGCGAGAUGAGUAUCGACAGCGGCCGCCUCAGAGAUGAAGCUCAGGCUGCUCGCACGGAGGCAAACCAGUUAGGCGCUGCUCUCGCAAAGGCAAAAGGCGAGAAGGAGAUGCAGACGAAAGAGAUGGAGAGCCUUUCCAAUCGCAACCAGCAGCUAUUGAGCCAAUACACUCGCAUCGACAUCGAAUGUAAACGCGUCUCAGACGACUUGAGCACUGCCAAUGGUACUGUAGAACGUCUCCGGACCGAGAGCGCAAACCUGCGUGCCGAGAAAAAGAUUUGGAAGGACGUCGAAGCUCGCUUGAUGGAGGAGAAUCGUGCUCUAGCGCUGGAGCGUUCCCACCUCACCGAUCUCAUGGCUAAUGUGCAAAAGAUGCACAAUGACCUUGAUCGAUCUGGUGAGAGUGAUCGUCGACGAUUGGAGAAUCAGGUUCAGAUGCUCGAGAACCAAACACAAGAUCUCAGGUUGCAACUUGUUCAAGAGCGAGACAGCCUUCGGCAUCUGACUCUGCAGAAUAAUUUUGAAACGAAGGAGUUGCGUGCUCGCGUGGAGAGAAGCGCGGAAGAGCUUGCCAAGACUCGCGAGUCUUUGGUUGCUGCAGAGACAAGCAAGAAGCACCUCGAAGAACGCGUCGAGCAGUUGACUAAGCAGUUGCAAGCCAACGAAGAGAAGCUUGCUGUCUACGAACGGCGAGCAACUGGUGCUAACGGUGCCACUACACGUAGCGAUGAGAACAUGACGCGUGAGCAACAACUUGAAGCAGAAGUUGCUGAGCUCAGGUCUGCUUUGAAGGUCGCGGAAGUUGACCUGGCGGCUGCUCGUAGCCAUGUGCAACAAUUCCAAGACAUCAGCCAAGCGAACGAGUUAGCCCUUGCCACCUUGAAUGCGACUCAUGAUGAAUACAAAGCUUCUACUGAAGCUGAGCUCGCUCGUCAAAAUUCCGAGAUCGAGGCCCUCCAAGAAAAGCUUCGAACCGCUCAGCAAGAGCUCGCACAGGUCACGCGGAAUAAUGCAGAGCUUCAGCGCAGCUUGGACACUGAGCGUGUAGCUUGGGCCAAUGACAGGAAGACACUCGAGGAUACGAUCGUCGAGAUGAGCACGUCGGAGAGAGCCAUUGAAAACGACCGCGAGUCUCGCGAACGGGAGAUCGGACAAAUCGAGCAACAAGCCAAGGCGGCCGAGGAACGAUACGCUCGCGAAGUUGUGGCUCAUGCUGAAGCACUUAAGAGUGUUGCGGACCUCAGAGAGCAACUUGCAAAGGCUCAAUCGUUGGUCAGAGAUCACUCCUCAGCGGCGCAGACUGCGCAAGCUCGAUUGACAGCAUCUGAGGCCAGUUGGAAGCAGCAGAAGGAGGCAUUAGACAAGGAGAUUGCAGACUUGAACUCUAGGUGUAAGGACCUCAACGCGCAGAACAGUCUUCUGCACCAGCACCUCGAUUCUGUCACCUCGCAGGCUGCGAGGAUCAGAGAGGCGGCAGCAUCUUCCGCGGAAGUUGCAGAAACAGAUUCCGGAGAUGAGGCGGACACGAAGUUGGCCGAGCUGCGCUCUGUAAUCGCUUACCUGCGAAGAGAGAAGGAUAUCGCCGAGAUGCAGCUCGAACUUAGCAGACAGGAGAAUCUGCGUCUGAAGACUCAGAUUGACCAUCUCACGAAGAGCCUAGAUGAAUGCCACCAAGAACUAUCGGAGGAACGAGAGCGUGCUGCCAGUGCCGCUCCAUCAGAAGCUCAACACAAAGAACUUAUCGAGAGAGUCAACCAGCUCAAUAUUCUCCGUGAAAGUAAUGCUACCCUUCGUGCUGAUUGCGAGGCAUCUGCGAAACGGGUCCAAGAGCUGGAUAGCAAGUUGAAAGAGCUGUCUGCCCAGCUCGAUCCUGCCAAAGAAGAUCUGAGCGUUGCUCGAGCCGAACUCGAAGCCAAGGACCGUCAAAUAAGUCGUUUGGAGGACGAGAACCGAAAAUGGAAAGAGCGGAACUCGCAGCUCUUGAGCAAGUAUGAUCGCAUUGAUCCAGCGGAAGUGGACUCAUUGAAGGAGGAAAUUGUUCAACUCAAAGAAGCCAUCACGGAGCGUGAUGGACGUAUUACUGCCCAGGCCGAACGGGUGGUAGCAUUGGAGAACAUCGUCACUCGUCAUAAGGAGACCGGACAAAAGAACAAUCAGAAGUAUCUCGCGCGCUUUGCUCAGUUUAAUGCCGAGAAGGCCCAAUUGCAGGAGCAAAUCGGUCAACUACAAGAGAACCUGCGCACAAUCACUGCGGAGCGAGACGACCUGAAAGCUCGUGCAGGCGGUGGUGCUACGUCCGCGUCUUCAAGAGAGCAAGAAUUGUCGCAGCAGCUCGAGAGCUUGCGUUCCGACAAGGCUGCUUUGGAGAGUUUCCUGGAAGAGCGUGACGUUCGUGUUGAGCGAUCGUCUACUCAGAUAGACGAACUGAACAACAUUAUUGCUUCUCUGAGGGAGGAACGGGAUAAGUUGCUCGCCGAGAAGGUGGCCCCAGGCGUCAACGCAGCUGCAGUCGCUCCAGAAUCUCAGUGGCAAUCUGAAAAGGCGGAAAUUAUAAAGGCUCGUGAUGAGGCGUUGGCCCAAGUUCAGCUGGCCAAGGAGCAAGCUCAGAAGGCCGCCGAUGAAGCCAAGAAUAUCCGACUUGCCAAUGAGAAAUUCCAAGUCAGAAUCCAAGACUUGUCAAAGGCGAGGGUGGCCGAUAGUGAGAAGGCUGCAGCUCAGCAGCAGGCGGCUGUGACUGCUGCGGUGGAGAAGCUGAGGAAGGAGCUGCAGGCAUCUGCUCCGUCGGAUGAGAUCGCUGCCCGACACGCGCGAGAAUUGAGACAGCUGGAGGAACGGCUGACCGCAGUGCACGGAGACAAGCUGAGGGCCGCAGUGGAUGCGGCGGUGCUGAAGGCAAGGGGGGAAACGGCUUUUAGCUUCGCAACGCCAGGUGGUGGGCAGAGAGCGGCUAUUGAGACUGCGGUUGAGCAGAGGUUGAAGGUACAGCAUGAGCAAGAAAUCGCUUCUGCUGUUGACCGGGGACGCAUGGAACAAGCUGCGAAGAGCAAGCUCAAAGACCAGCAGCUUGUGAGAGCGCAGACGAAGUUGAAGGAACUUGAAGCUCAGAUCUUGGAAUGGCGUCAGAACGGAAUCCUUGACGAAGAGAAAAUUACCGCCACGAAAGCUCCAGCAACUGCUCCUCCCCCCAAGUCAGCCCCGAGCUCCAAUAUAACGGGCACUGUUGCUUCAAAAUCUUUGCCUCAUAAGCCACCCGUCCCGCGGUCACCUUCUGGGGAAGGAUCAAGUCGUGGGAGAGGAGCUGCUCGAGGCGGUGCAAGGGGUGCGCCGCUGGCUAUCCGAGGUACUGCGAGAGGACGAGGUGGUGCGCAUGUUCCUUCGCCUACUUCUACCACCGGAGAAUCCGCAGUAGCAGGUGUUUCAAUUGUUGGGGCGGCAGCGAAGCGCGGUCGAGAUGAAGAGGCAGGAUCGGAUGAUUCGUUGGCCAAGCGUCUUAAACCCGGAGAGGGCCUUAGCAAACCAGUGGCUCUGCGUCGUGAUAGAGUCCCACCGCCUUCAUGAUUGUCUUGUUACAUUGUGUCUUACGCAUCUUGUCCUAUCACGCACUUACAUUAAGUUAUGGACUUUGCUCGCUGUACAUUAUUGCUAGCCGACGGCAGAUUACCUCUGAAUGAUAUUCCUCUAUCCUCUACCAUCAUUCUUAUACGUAAAUGGAAAUCGGAUUCGGAGUGAAAGAAGCA